AUGGAUAGAGUCAAUUUUAGUAUUGAUCAAUUAUUAGAGGAAACCUCUAAAUUGGUUUCAUUAGGUAUCAUUAGUAAACAAGAAUGUAAAGAUAUUAUGAAAAAAAGAGAAUAUCAUGAAAUUAAAAUUUUUAAUAGAAAUUCUCAUAAAUCUGAUUUCUUGACAUACAUCAAAUAUGAAUUAGAAUUAGAUAGAUUAUUUCAUAAAAGGGGUAAAGCUAAAAAUAUCGAGUUUGAUUAUCGUUUAAGAUCAGCAUUAAGACAUGCAAUUAUAUUAUUUGGUAGUGCAACAAAGAAAUUCCCAAAAGAUGAAGCAUUAUGGAUUAAUGCAUUAAAUAUUAGAAUGAAGAGAGCAAGUAAAGAAGGUACAGGUAGAUUAUUUUCAAUUGCACUUUCAAAUUUACCAAGAUCAGCAAAACUUUGGAAAUUAGCAGCAACAUUUGAAUUUGAAGUUAAUAAAAAUAUUCAAAAUGCUAGAAAUUUAAUUCAAGCUGGUAUUCAAUUUAAUAAAACUGAUAAAUCAUUAUGGCAUUAUUUCUUUUUAAUGGAAUUAACUUAUAUUUCAUUAUUAUUUAGUGAUAUUACUUUUAUUGAUAAAAAAAUUGAAGAAGAAGAAGAAGAAGCAAUUAAAUUAAAUUUAGAUAGUUUAAGAAAAUCAGAAAAGAUUGAGAAGGAUGAAUUCAUUACAUUUGGUAAAGAAAUUUUAAGUGCAGAUAAAUUAAAACAAUCAUCAUUAAUUAGAGGUCAAAUCGCUCAAAUCGUUUUUAGAAAAGCAAUAAAGAGUAGUAUUGGUCAAGAUUUUGAUUUUAGAAAACAUUUUUAUAAGAUUGCCUCUAAAUUUUUAGAUAUUGGAAAAGACUCUGAAAAUCCAAUGGGUGCUGGUGAAUUACUUCAAAAAGAAAUUUUGGAAUCUUUAGUUACUGAUUUCCCAAAUGAUGAUAAAACUUAUAUCUUUUUAGCUUCAAUUGAACAAUCAAAAUCUUCUGAACCAUCUUUAUUAAAAAGAUUAAAUAAUUCAACUAAAAUUCUUAAUCAAGGUUUAACUAUUAUUAAAAGUGAAAGUUAUUUAUUUAAUUAUAUUCAUUUUAUUAGACAAAUUAUAGUUGAUAUUAAAUUAAAAGAAAAUAAAUUAAUUGAAAAUAUUACAGAUAUUUUAUUGAAAGCUUAUAAAUAUUCAAUUGAUAAUAAUAUAUUAAAGGAAAGUGGUUAUCAAUAUUAUAUUGAAUUAUUAUUAGAAUUAGGUAAAACCAAUGAUGCAAUUAAAGUUUCAGAAGAAUCUGUUAAAUUAUUUAAAAAUUCAAAUCAACUUUGGAAUCAAAGAAUUAAUUUAUUAAUUAAAAAUGAAAUGGUUGUUAAAUUAUUUGAUAAUUUAUCAAAUAAUAAUGAAUAUAAUAAUAUUGAUAAAUGUUUUGAAAUGGCAGUUAAGAAUUGUACUUCUUCAACAACAUCAACAACAUCAUCAACAUCAACAUCAUCAUCAUCAAAUUUAUUCAUUGAAUACUUUAAAUAUCAAGUUGUUUUCAAAUUUGAUAAAGAUUAUAAAAAGAUUGUAGAUUUAUUUGAAAAAUUAUUAAAACAAUUAGAUGAAUUUUACCAAAAAUGCAUUUUAUAUGAAGAAGAAAGAAUUGAAAAGAAUAUAAAUGAUAUUAGAUCAUUGUAUGAAAAAUGUUUAUCAAUCAAAGAAAUCUCAUCAAAAGAUGUUGAUGUUUGGUUAAAUUAUAGAAAUUUCGAAUUAAAAUCAGCUGGUGAUAUUGAAAGAGCAAAUACAAUUGCGACAAGAGGAAAGAAAUCCCUUGCUGAUCCAUUACCACUUCUCUCUCAAUUACAAUAA